GGGCGAGACGGGCUGACUCAAUCGCUGCCUCGCGUUUCACGAUGUGGCCAACGAGAGAGAGCGAGGCGAGUGCGUGGUGGUGGUGGUGGUGAUGAUGUUACACACUCCCUCCUCGCUCCUCUCUUCCUCUAUAUCUCACUCGUUACACAGGAGGUUGCAGCUCAGCCUCGCCGUGUGCGUGGUGGGGAUGGGAGCCGCAGCUCAUGUUGUUUGUUGAUUUUAAGUCACGAAGUUAAGAGACUUCGUCGUUUUGUGGUAAACGGCGUUCUUUUUUUGUGUGUGUGUUUCGAUAACGCUGUGCAACCGGAGUGCAAUACCUCGCAAACGUCACUUGUCUUAACUUAUUCAGAAAACCUCGACGUUCGGAGUAGCAUUUAAGUUAAAAACGAAAGUCUCAUGAAAUAGAAACGUAGGAUACAAAAUAUAAGGUAGUAACGGUGUAAGUCUAUGUGCCACGUGCCUUUGUGUGGUCCAUAGAGUUUGGAACUCGCUCCUGUCGCGGACGCAAUUAAUGCGCAAUUAAAAUUAGGGGCUGAUGCAAGGGCCGCGUUUGACCUGCCGGGGGUCGUGAAGGUCAACUCGACGAUUACUUCACCACCGUUGGGUCAGUGUGUGCGCGUGUGUGUGUGUUUGGUAGCUCAGACGUGGCGUGGCGAAACCACCAAGCCAGCCGCAGAUUGACAAAGCUUUUGCGAGGGGGGCGGGGAGGAGAGCUGUUUACAAAGAGGCGCUCGCUCGGCCUGGCGGUCAGAGUGUCCCCCGGGCAUCACACGUAGCACAUCGACACGGGGACCGCGCCGCAUUUCCUUCGGCGACAUUCACUGCGACCCGAUGGAAGGGACUCGCCGUCUCCAGGAGGCCCGGCCGACUUCCCUGCUCGGCAAGAGGGCCCGGCCAAGCUGCGGCGGCGGCGGCGGCGGUGGUGGUGGCGGGGCCCUCCACCAGACCCCUCGGCACCACCCGGACCGCGAGGGCCUCCCGCCGGCUUUGGCCGCCGUGGAGCCGCGUAGCCACUGCCCGGCCAGGGUCGGCGAGUACCUGCUGGUGGCCCCGCUCGACGUCGGAGGCUACAGGGCGGUGCACGAGGCCACGGGAAAGGAAUUCAUCUGCAAGGUGGUGGAGGCGGCCCGCUGGCCGACCCUGCUGGAGGCGUACCGCCGCGUGUGCCCGCACGAGCUUGUAUCCUCGCCCGUGGAGCUGCUCGUGGGCUCACGGCACACGUACGCGCUGCACGCCCACGCGCACAGCGACGCGCACGCGCUGGUACGGGCGCGGGGCCGCCUGCCGGAGCCCGAGGCGGCGCGACUCUUCCGCCACAUGGCGGAGGCGGUGGCGCGGUGUCACGAGCGGGGCCUGGUGCUCCGCGACCUCAAGCUGCGUCGCUUCGUCUUCAGGGACCCCGAAAGGACGCAGCUGGUGCUGGACGGGCUGGAGGACGCGCUGCUGCUGCAGGGCAUGGACGACUCUCUGACCGACCGUCGCGCGUGCCCGGCUUACGUGAGCCCCGAGUUACUGCGCUCGUCGCCAUCCGCAUCCGCCGGCGCUCCACGGCCCGUGCCGUACUCCGGACGUGCGGCUGACGUGUGGGGGCUGGGUGUCGCGCUGUAUGCCAUGCUCGUGGGCCGCUACCCAUUCCAUGAUCCCGCACCCUCGGCCCUCUUCCGCAAGAUCCGCCACGGCCGCUACGCGCUACCCGAGUGGCUCUCGCCGGCGGCACGGUGCCUCAUCGGGGGCCUGCUGCGACACGAGCCGUCUGAGAGGGCCACAGCGUGGGAUGCCCUCCAGCACCCGUGGCUAAGAGUUGGCGACACAGGGUCAGCCACGGCCACCGCCACAAAUUCCAGAACUAUGCCCGUGAACCCAAGUGUGAAUGCAGGCUGUGUGUGGUCAAGGAAUGACGACCAGACGGUGCCUGAUGUGGAGGUUGAAGAGGCUGGCGACUUGUUCUUUAGCUAAAUUCAUGGAAUGUUUAUUUAUCCAGCAAAGCCCGAGUCUCAGGAUACUUGACAGGAAAGUCCUGGAUUGUGAUGUGUGGCCAGUUCUAGACUGGGUACUGUUACCUGUGGGAUUAAACCAAAGUACCUUGAUAAAACCCACAUGCAUGACACUCAGUCCGUAUAUAAACGUCGGAAACUCAUUUGUGGACUGCCAUUUAGCACGCUUGGAUGGAUGUCUUGCACACAAGUCUGCAUGAAUCUCCAAGCUGCCAACUUGUAUCAUCGUGCUGUGUGUGCAUAUGCAGUAUACGAUACGUGAUGAGCAGUGGUGUAAUAUGACUUGGCAUCCGGAGGCACUAAGCAUUAAGCACUGUCUUCAAAACCUCUGGAAUUGACAGUCAAACCAAGUGCGCUCAAGGAGGCAGACACCAUCCCAUUUCGCAUUAAAUAUAGAACGCUGCUCCACCCUCCCAUGGAGGGUUCAUUGCACAGCAAUAUUACGCAAACUUGCAGAAUGUGAUAUGGUGUCUGAAACGGACCAUGGUUGUAACAGUUCCGAGGGUGAGGUUGUUUUUACUUGUUUUUAUAGCAGCAGGUUUUGGAAGAGGCAAUAUUACGAUGUGCCCAUGUUUUAAAUGCAUGUGUACCUGCUUUUUAUCGCCAUGUUAUUUGCUUUAUCAACGUAUGUAUGUUGAAAUUCUUUCGCACUGUGCGUAGCCAAAUGUGCUAAUCGGAGGUACGCAGCCAACCGUGGUGCACUUGACAUAUACGUUUUUAACGGUUAAGAGAUUGGUUUUUAAAUUCUUUAUAAAAUGUAAACUCAAAUGGUGCAAGCAGUGUUGUUUACUACUUUGAAUGGAUUGUUUUAUCCAUUUUGCAUUCAUGUACAGGAAUUGAUUGUGUUUUAUAAUAAAACACGUUGACUCAAA